AUGGAUUUCGCUGAAUCAUUAUCACUGAUCGUGUCUAACAAGGUAUCCAUUGCGAAUGUAGAAUCAAGCUACCACAAGUUUCUAAACUCAGUCAAAAUUGUCCCCCUUAAUGAGGAAUCCAAACAUCGUAUACCAGCCAAGUUGAAAUUCAGAACUGAUUACAAAAAGUAUAUCAAACUGUUGGUGGCUGAGCUUUUGAAAAGUCAAUCCGAGAAUGUUUUAGUAUCAGGUUUGCCAAAGAUCCGCAGGGGUGGUUUUGUGGCAACCACUUCGAAUUCGGUUUAUUCAUCUUUUGUUAUUAACGAGUUACAUUCUUUUGAUUGGAAUAGAGUGUUUGACAUAUUAGGGUCAGCAAACAUGACUGACUUGUUGCUAAACUGGAAAGGUUUUAUUGUCAAAAACGGGGCAAUGAUACAAAUUUUUGGAGACAAGUUGACGUACACGGGGCAGAAAACUACUACGCAGUCGAAAUUAAUCAAAAAAUCGACACUAUUCCAUCACCUUCAAUCAAGACCGAGAUACUGGGAAUUCACUUUGAUACAUCAAACUGCUAAUGAGCUUUUAACUGAGAUAUUUGGUGCCAACACUAAAGCUAAGCGAUUCAGGAGGAUAAAGUACUUAUUCAACACAAUUGUUCAGAACGAUCAAGCGUGCAAAUAUCAUUUAAUUUAUCAACAAUUACUCCAUCUGGAAAAGUCUGUAGACCCUCAUAACAUCUGCAGCAACGCAAGCUCUUUCCAAGAAGUUAUCCGAUUCGUAUUUGUCAUAUUGGGGAAACUCUUAUCAUUGGAAGCUUGGGGAGGUCAAGAGAAUAAAACCGUUUUGCGGAAACGAAUUGAGGAGUAUUUGAAGCUCGAUUCAAGAGGAGCAUUGCAUAUACACGACAUUGUGAAGGGGCUUUGCUUGAAUGAUUUUCUGUGGCUCGGAACGACACCGAAGGUGACCUCGAAACAAGAUUUUGAGAUUAGACAAAAGUUGCUUCAAGAAUAUGUCCAAUGGCUAUUUACGUCACUUCUUAGAGGAAUUGUACGUGCCUUUUGGUAUGUAGCCGAAUCGACUGAUGGUGAUAUAUUGUACUUCCCUCGUCAUAUUUGGCAUAAAAUCUCACACUUGUGGUUGGAAAUGUAUUCCAAGGAUAAUUUUAUCAAAACUGAACUAACUAGCAAGGAUAAUUACAACUAUGGUAUGAUUAAACUAAUACCUAAAAAGAACACUUUCCGUUUAAUUUGUGUUCCAUCAAAGAGAUCACCGAGUCUUUUACAAGACAAACUAACACCACACCAUCAAAAAGACCAGGAUGUCAAGUUCAACACUUAUCGAGCCAAUGUCUUACGUCCAGUACGACUCAUUUUGCAAAAGAAACUCAGCGAGCGAAGCCAGGUAGAUUCAUGUUAUUCAGCAACGGCAUAUUCUACGCAACAAAUUGCAAAUAACAUUCUUGCCUUCAAAAGCGAGUUGUUGCAAAUAACUCCAAAAAUGCCAAAACUAUACUUUGUCAAGUUUGAUAUGAAGGAGUGUUAUGAUAGGAUGAACCAAAAAGAGUUGAUUGAGAAUGUGAUUAGCUUGUUUCGUGAUGACAAGCCAGACACAAAGUUCUACUACCGGACAGUGGGGAAAAUGAGAUCUAACCUAAGACAGCAAACUAUGAAACAUUUUGCAACUUCCAAUUUCACCGACCUAGAUAUACUUUCCAACGAUCAAGCACGUGGUGGUUGUAAUGGAGUUUGGGUCGAUACGGGAAAGACUAUUUACUUAACAAGAAAGGACGUUAUUAGCGAAUGCAUACAACAAAUCUUUGGAGCAAAAUGCUACAUUGACGACAGAAAGACGCAAUCAUUAAAGUUUUACAGAAGAAAACAAGGUGUGUUUCAAGGUUUUCCCUUGCUGAGCGUCUUUUGUGAUAUUCUUUACAGCGCAAUGGUUGCAAAAAACUUUCGAUUUCUAUGGGAAUCAAAUUCGCCUUUCUUUUUUACAAGAUUGGUGGAUGAUUUUUUAUUCAUAUCACCGGAUGCUGAUCAAUUCAAAAAAGUGGUAGAAAUAAUAUCAGAUGGAAGGUUACAGAAAUAUGGAGCUUUCGUAAGCAAAGAAAAGACACACAUUAUUGAUCAUGAAGAAAAAAGCAAAACGUUACAAUUUGUGGGGUUAGAAAUCGAAACUGACACUUUGGACUUGACUACCAAUUAUAUGAAAUAUAGCAACUUAUCCACCAGCAAUUACAGAACAUUCAGUGAACUUUUGCGUUACUUGAAAACUGCAUACACUUCAAGGCUACACGAAUACAUGUUGAGUUGCGAGAACAAUUCGUUUCAAACAAUACUGACAAAUGUGCAAAAUUUGUUGCAUUUUAUAUUGGGUCUGUUUAAACGCUCAUUUCAACGAGUUUCAAAAACCGACAAUUUUAACCCUGAUUUGUUCACCAAAUACAUAUGGAGCAUCAUUUUGUUAACUUUGAAGAAAUUUGUGGCCUGUAAUGAUGGAUCUGUUCUUCUAGAUGAUUUGUUGGAUGAUUUGUUGGAUGAUUUGUUGUCUACAAUUGCCGAUGCGUUGACUCAUGGCGCACAGUAUAAAGACAUCAUUAAUGCGUUAAAGCAAGCUAAUUUUGAAGAUGUCCAACUGAGUUACUCUGUCAUAACGAGGCCGGAUUCUAUACAGUAG